AUGUGGCGUCAAGGAGAAUUCUUGCAUGGCUUCAAGAGCAUCGCAAUCAUUUAUCUCUAUAAGCGGAAAAGUAAUCGCCAGCUAUGCAAGAACCACCGAGGUAUUUUCCUGUUGAACAUCGCUGGGAAAAUCUUCGCUCGCGUUCUCCUCAACCGCCUGAACCAAGAUCUGGAACAGGGUCUUCUGCCGGAAAGCCAGUGUAGCUUCCGCCGUCAUCGUGGGACCACCAACAUGAUCAACACCGCCCGACGAAUGCAGAAGUGUCAGGAGAUGCGGAUCCACCUCUAUCCUACGUUCGUGGAUCUGACGAAAGCCUUCGGCACGGCGAGUCGCGAAGUACUGUGGAACUCAUGCAGAGAUACGGCUGUCUCGAACUAUUCACUCAGAUGGUACACCAGCUCUGCGAUCGCAUGACGGCCCGCAUCACAGACAAUGGGGCGCUCUCAGAGGUAUUCGCAGUGAGUAACGGAGUGAAGUGGGAUUGUGUACCCGUGCCUAUCCUCUUCAGUCUCAUGUUCUCUGUCAUGCUAAUGGACACCUAUCAUGACGAACGCCCCGGGAUCCGCAUCGCCUACAGGACGGACGACCAACUCCUCAAUCAAUGGCGGAUGCCCUUCCAAUCGCGCGUAUCCACAACCACCGUUCACGAACUUCUCUUCGCCGACGAUUGCACCCUCAACGCCACCUCCGAAAGGGAUAUGCAAAGGAGCAUGCACCUCUUCACCGCCGCCUGCGGCACCUUUGUCCUGGUCAUCAACACGGAGAAGACGGUGGUCAUGCAUCAACCGCCACCCGACACUGCCUACGUCGCACCCAAAUUAACGUGAAUGGCGCCCAACUGCGAGUCGUGGACAGCUUCAUCUACCUGGGCAGCACCCUAUCUCGCAACACCAAAUCGGCGAUGAAGUGGCCCGCCGGAUCUCUAAAGCCAGCCAAGCCUUGAGCCGUUUGCAAAACACAGUCUGCAAUCGCCACGGUCUCCACCUCAACACCAUCCUGCCGACGCUGAUGUACUGGGUUGAGACCUGGACAGCGUACAAGAGGCAGACGCAGAUACUCAAGCACUUCCAUCUCAUCUGUCUUCGACGGAUACUGAGGCUGCGGUAGCAGGACCGGAUCCCGGACACGGACGUGCUCGAGUGAACGGGAAUCCCUAACAUCUAUGCCAUGCUGAGAUAACUGCAACUGCGUUGGAGCGGCCACCUCGUGCGGAUGGACGACGAGUGGCUACCCAGACGACUCUGCUAUGGAGAUGUCGCCAAGGGUUCCCGCCGACGGGAAGGCCAAGUUCGUCGCUACAAGGACACUCUGAAGACUUCCCUGAAGCACCUGCAAAUCAGCCCAGCCAAUUGAAAAGAUCUCGCCCGAGACCGACCGAUCCCGAGAAGGACAGUGAAGACAGCCGCGGUCAUAUACAAAGCCAGCCGCCUUACCGCCGCCAAAGCCAAACGCGAAACUUGCAACUCACAACUACGCUCACCACGCAACUCCAACGCUCAACCACCCCCGACUUACCCACGUGCCAGCGGACGUUCCGGGCACCAAUCGACCUUAUAGGACAUCUUCGUACCAACUACAGCACUCGGACUACGUCAGCUGCUGUCUCCCUGUCCAACUCUUCCUCAUCCUCCACGCCGACAACUAACACUGACCGCACUCCCGAGCCCUUGCCACCCUCCUCCUCCUCCUCCUCCUCCUCCUCCUCCAUUACCUAA